GACUCCAUCUUCGUCCCUUGCCUCCGCCUCACUGCCGAAGCUCAAGAGUUCUGCUUCUUCCUCUGUGAAACCCUAACCCUCUGAAGCCCCUUGACAAUGGCAGAGGCACUGACUCUCAAGGGCACCAUGAGGGCCCACACCGACAUGGUGACGGCCAUCGCCACCCCGAUCGACAACUCCGACAUGAUCGUGACUUCCUCCCGCGACAAGUCCAUCAUUCUGUGGAAGCUCACCAAGGAGGAGAAGGUUUACGGCACUCCCCACCGCCGUCUCACUGGCCAUUCUCACUUUGUCCAGGAUGUCGUCCUCUCUUCUGACAGCCAGUUUGCGCUCUCCGGCUCCUGGGACGGCGAUCUCCGUCUGUGGGACCUCAACGCCGGUGUCUCCACCAGGAGGUUCACGAGCCACACUAAGGAUGUGCUCUCGGUUGCAUUCUCCAUGGACAACCGUCAGAUCGUGUCUGCAUCCCGUGAUCGCACAAUUAAGCUGUGGAACACUCUUGGAGAGUGCAAGUACACAAUUCAGGAUGGCGAUGCCCACACUGACUGGGUUAGCUGUGUAAGGUUCAGUCCCAACACGCUGCAGCCCACCAUUGUCUCUGCUUCAUGGGACAAGACCGUGAAGCUGUGGAACUUGACAAACUGCAAGCUGAGGAACACCCUCACUGGGCACUCGGGCUAUGUCAACACUGUUGCCGUGUCUCCUGACGGGUCGCUUUGCGCCAGUGGAGGCAAAGAUGGAGUUAUUCUGUUGUGGGACCUCGCCGAAGGGAAGAAGCUGUACUCUCUUGAUGCUGGCUCUAUCAUCCACUCUCUCUGCUUCAGCCCGAACAGGUACUGGCUCUGCGCAGCAACUGAGCACAGCAUUAAGAUCUGGGAUCUCGAGAGUAAGAGCAUUGUUGAGGAUCUCAAGGUUGAUUUGAAGAAUGAGGCUGACAAGACCGAUGGAACCACUGCCACCUCUAACAAGAAGGUGAUUUACUGCACGAGCUUGAACUGGAGCGCUGAUGGGAGCACCCUGUUCAGUGGUUACAACGACGGUGUUAUCAGAGUCUGGGGAAUCGGUCUCUAUUAGAAGUACUGCUAUUUAAGAUUUUCAGUUGCACUCUUUCAUCUUUGUCUUAAUGGAGCAUUUGAUUAGGCAAGUAGCGGAUUUGAAGUCCUCCAUUUAGGUCCUCUGUUUUUUGGCUGGAAACAAGGCUGAGUACUCUACUUGUUUUUACUUUUUGAUGGAAGAAUAUGUUUUGCUUUCGAACUAUAUGUUCGGUUUUGGUCUUAAUAGAUACACUGGAUCUUGAGCUAAGAUA